CUUCUAUUGGCACUUUUGUCGCUGGUGGUGAUGGUUCGGCGAUGACACUCAUUUUUCUGAGCAAAGGCUAAUAGGAAAAUCAGUCUAUUUGGCUUGUAUCUCUUUACGUUGUGUGUUCGUCAGACUGCCGAGGUACAGUAGCUUGAACUAGUGAGUCAGCAGGGAAGCAGACCCACCAAGAACUGCGUUAAACACGUGGCACUUUGUAUUCGUUUAGGAGAAUACUUUUUAUUCGCGCACUUCGGAGACUCGUCAAGCAAGCUAGCUCACUCCUGCUCUCCAAAGGGCCGCCGCGCUAACAGUUAUUUAUAGUUGAGAGGGCCACAGAGAACUAACCACAACAGACCUCUGCGAAGAGGAAGAGACGGCAUCCGACUUUUAAUAGUUACUGUUAGAUCAUAGGAGAGAGCGAUGGAAACCAAAAUACUCGUCGCUCUGUGCGUUCUGAUCCUCAGCUUGGGUUCGAAUGUAGAAGGCCAGGACCCUGGUGAUCCCUCCUCUCCCUCAGACGGGCCACUGGCCCUGGGUAUGUCCGCGGCUACUCAGGCCCCCCUCCCUGGAGGUUCUCCCUCUCCUCCAGGCUCUCUGUCCCUCCCCAGCACAGACUCCCCAAAGCCAGCCAGCGACCUCACUGAUAGAGGGCUCUCCAACAACAACAACAGCAGCAGUAGCAGCAGCAACGACACAGAAGUCGUAGUGAAAGAGGUCCAAGCCACCAGUGUGGGGGUCCCUGAAACCCCUCCCAUCCCUGAGAAGACCCCUGGCCCAGGGAACCUCACUGAAGAAACCGUACAGCCCUCUGUUGCUCCCUCUGACAACCAAACUGCCCCUACCCACACACCCAUUACCACAGUCCUCGUUCACAAACCUUCCACCACCCCCCCACACACACCUGUCCACUCCACCACUCCACCACUCCAUGCCCCUCAUCCCUCCACACAACACCCCAAAACCCACUCACCCAUCACCACCACCGUUUCCCCACCCCCUAUUAGGCCUGAGACCCAUCCAACUAACACCGCCGCUGACCCCCAGCCCAGCUCAACCCCCAGCCCUAACCCAGAGACCUCUAACCCUACCCAGCCUAAACAGACAGUCAGUCCCGUUCCCACCACCACCACUACCACCACUUCUCCCCCAGCUGUACCUAUGUCUGAGCCCCAGACCUCCAGCACCACUCCUCUCCCGGCUUCCACCCCAGCCAGCAGCCCUCCAUCCCAGGCUAAAACACACGCCGACAUCCCCUCUCAGCUCAAUGUGGUGGAUGGGGAGCCAGUGUUCCAUAGUGGUGCUCCAGCCCUGGACCCUCUCCUAGCUGGACUAGUGUCAGCCUUCAUCGUCACUGCAGCCAUCAUCACCCUGCUCCUCUUCAUCAAACUGCGACGACGGGAUCAGCGGCCUGAGUUCCGCAGGCUCCAGGACCUGCCUAUGGAUGAUAUGAUGGAGGAUACUCCCCUGUCCAUGUACAGCUACUGAUGGAGAUGGAGAGGACACAGUCUGACCUGAUGGAACAGCUAGACCCCCACAGACCUUCUCCUUCUGAACUGGGGCUGCGUCUCUAUAGUCCAACCUGGCCUUCUCUCCUUGUCCCCUGUCCUCAUAUCCUUUCGUUUAUCCGCACUGACAUGAGACAUGGACUGGUGAAAGCCAGUCGCUGGUAGGCACCCUCCAUAUUGCUUUUAUCGAGCCUGUGUUUUCAAAUCAGUGCAGAUGGAGGAGAUGAGGAGAGUGAGGCGCCAUUUUAGACCAUUGAGAUGCACCCCUGGCGUUCCCUCACCACCUUUGUGUCUCUGUGAGCAACAGGGGGUUUCUGAGUGUGAACAGCUCUUUUCCUGGUCUAUGUGGAUCUGAGUUCCAUCAGCAGUGUUCCCACUUCUACAUUCUACCUUCUACAUUCUAGGGUGCACCCUGUCAGCUGUGUUUUAUUUGAGUGUUCGGUAACAAGGGAUCCUCUCUUUCAUCACUAGUUAGAGCCUGGUAGGCUACUUGUGCCUGGCUAUAUAGUGUUGUACAGUACAGUUGCACUUUACGUUACAGAGGACAUGUAUGUGUGUGUGUCUGUGUGUGCGUGUCUGUGCAUGGUUGAGCGAGCAUGCUCGCGUGUAUGUGGGGACGGGAGGGGUGGUGUGGUUUGGGGUAUUUAAGUUGUGUUUCCAUGGAAACUAGUUCCUCUCUAAAGAUCCUGCUUGUUAUUCUCCUGUUUCUCUAUUGGGAGUCUCUGGUGGUUUUUAGCUCAUUGGGCUAACACAGCCUUGUGGCGUCCAGACAACCUGGGUUCAAACCCGGUCAGUCACACUUGUAAGGGGGGAGGUUGUCUCUCUGAGUAUCUUUAGUACAUUUAUCUUUAUAUAGAGCCUUAAUGGACUCUUCAUCCCCACUAGAGCUAUAUACAGAGUACAAUACAGAGGAAACAAUCCUCCAUGGUGGCUCAAUACAUUCCAUGCUUGUUAGAAUUCUACAUGUCAAAGCACUUGUUCUGAACUCUAAGGCUGGUUUGUCUGUUACUGUAGUUCUCACAGCCUCACAGCCAGGCCCAGACCUAUGUUCUAACAUGUCUUAGUCAGGAAGAGCCUUGGGCAGAUUCAGCAGCAGAGAUGUCAGUGGUGACAUGUCUGUUUCCAACUGAAUUUGGCCAGUUGUCUUUCAAUACAAUUCAUUCAUUGUUUUAAUCAUGUAACUACAUGACAUGAGGGUAACUUGUUGCCCAAGUCAGUCAGUGCUAGCCGCUACCAUUAGCAUGCAGUCCAUUAACUGCCUCAAGGGAAGGGAACUCUGAUAAACUACUCCAUGAACACAGACAUUGUAUAGCACGAGGUCAGAGAGAGAAACUCUUAAAUGUACGGCUUUUAUGAGUAUAAUGCUCCAUUGAUUUGAGGUGAAUGCAGUCUGUGUGUAUGUCUCUGUGUUAGUCUGUGUGUGUUAAACGCACAGGAGAAAAUAACACCCCCCCCCCUCCUUCCCUACCCCAAUCUCUAUUGGGGUGACUUGAGUUGGAGCCAUAGGCCUGUAUUGGAGACAGUAUUGAUGAUUAUUGUUCACACACAGGGAUAGAAAUUGGCCAUUGUCUAGCAGAGUAGGCAGCAUCCUGUUAUGCACCUGGCACAGCCAGGGGGGUAUGUCACAAAGCAGGAUCAAAGAGUUAGCCAGCUAAAUUUCAUAAUAUUCUUAAAUAACUUUACAUUCCGACUUCAUAAAGAUAAGUAGACUUGAAAGGGACAUGGUAUAAUUGACUCCAUAUUAAAGUUUCCAUUUUUAAACAAAUUAGAAAAGCAAUAGUUACGUCUAUUUCUGAAUGUUUGUCAAAGUUAGCUGAUUUAGGACUAGAUUAAAUCCAGACUGCUGAAGAUCUGCGUUAUAGCGCUAUUGAAAUGUAAAGGUAAUUUCCAAUUGAGCAGACAUAUGCUGUGUUUACCGUGAAUGCAGUCUCCGUGAAUGCGGAAACAUUGCCUUUAAAUUUCCAUUGUGCUAUAGUGCGGAUCUUCCACGGUCCGGAUUUAAUCUAGGCCUUAGUGUUCCUGCUUGGGCUACCAGAUUAGUUUGUUGCAGACUCCUCUGACGUUUGUUGUCAUGCCAGUUAUCUGCAUUAACAGUACUUAAGUCAGAGUUGAAACAGAGUGGUUCUAUUAGACUCCAUGUGGAGUGGAAUGGUAGUUAAUUUGCACCCAUGUAUUAGUAGUUCCUUAUAUGAAGUGCCAAAAAGUUAACUGGUUGUAUUAUAAGGUUGCUAUGUUUUACUGUUUGACGUAGAUUCUGGAGUGAUGUUGAUGUUUUUUCAUUAAAGAUAUGAAACCAU